AUACGUUAGUUAGUGAUUCCAUUGACGACGAAUCAUUUGUGACUGGAAAAAAUUGUCCAGACAAAAUACUUUCCCACAAUCCUGGACAUUUUAACUGUCGUGCAGAAACUUGGUUAGUGCUCAAUUAUCUAUUUUUCCAAUAAUUUUUAUGAAUCGGCUGGUUACCUCCUGAGCUUCCUGUUCAAUAGAAUAAAAUGAUCAAAGGAUAUCGACAGAGAUACUACAACGAUGAGAGCAUCCAUUCACCCAGGAUCCCACUUCCUGAAGCUUAUCAAUCCGCCGGCAGCAUAAGAUUGAAAGGAAAUUUGGAAUUCCUGGAAAAGUGUCUCGAUGACCUGUCAGCUGCAGAGAAGGAAGUGGCGCAAUUGGAUAUUCUAAAUGAGUUCCUGGAAAAGUUUACAAGAGCCGAAAAAUGCCCUGAUAGGAGAAGAAUUGUCUAUCGGUUUGUUUUUGAGUGGAGGAUCAGGACGUAUGAUCACGUGAUCUCCUACUACUUCAAGGAACUUUUGCAACUUCUUCUGAAGAAAGAUCCUGCGGUUCUCAAGGAUGCUGUAGGUGAUGUCUUGGAGACUGUCUUCUGUGAGUACCAACAACAUUAUGAUUCUCUGGAAUGUAAAAGUAAUUUGGCGAGAAAGAUUACGGGCUUUUUUGAUGAUUUUGCCUACACUGCUGAAGCCGUAGAGAUUAGAUGGAAGAAUAUCUUUUCCAUUCUCACUGAAUUUAUGGAAAUCAGUAGAAGUCUCUCUGCAGAAGUUGAUGAGACACUGGCAGAGAAAUUUCUUUUCAAUUCCACGUCAGGAAUCAAUUCAGUUUUGUACAGAUUUGAUGAGAAAAUCUCCAGAGAUUCCUGUAGAGAAAAACUGGAGUCUCUCCUGCCAAACCUUUCGCAUUACUUACCAAAUGCAAGGUUGAACAGGGAGAUACGAAACUUCUGUGGAAAUUCUGUGAUAGUAAUUUUGAAGAAAUUAGAUAAAUUAAUGGAUCUCAUUGAGGCCAUUGAAGCUGGAACUGUGGGAUGCACAGACGAUGUUAUUAUGCUGUACUUUGAAGGAAUGUUCCGGAAUCCUUUACGGAUUAUUCAGGGAAGAGAAAAUAUGUGCAGGAUUCUCAGAAUUUGUGCUAAAAUUAUUUAUGAGAGGCUCUACGAAGACUUCUGGGGUGAUUCUCUAAAGACUCACUUUGUAAUGGCCAUCGUAAUGCCAAUGUGCCAUAUAAUUAGGGAAGAUUUAUCAGAAGUUAGAGAUUGGAAAGAGGAGGAAGAGCAGGAUUUGCUGACAUGCCUGGAAAUAUUCUUCACGUUGUGUCAGAAAACUACGAGCGAGCAUUAUUUUUUGCAAAGCCUCAAGGAUAUCCUGUACUUUUGCAUGAAUCAAACAGGGGAUGUUUUUGGGGGUUUUGAGGAGAGAAUCUUCCUGAGCACAUGUUCUGCAGAUUGUUCACCAAAGUGGCGUGGGCGAUUACUUCUGGUUCUCUGUGAAGUGUAUUCAUCAUCAGAAGUUUUACAGCGUCUUCCGGAUAUGAUAAUUAUCCUCAGGGAUGACAUGAGGUCCAACAAAAUCUGUGAUUUAACCUGCCAUGGAGAUUCUUGUUCGCAUCAAAAUCCUUCCAUUCAAGCCCUCGUGGAACUCUGCAAGACAACCACAGAUCUCAAGGAUCAGUACGAUCUCUUUUUAAAGCCACUCCUCUGCGAAUGCCAAGCACAUCCUCAUGGAGGAUGGUUCAGGAAGCAAGUAAAGAGUCUCCUUAGAGAGCUUGUCUCCUGGAGAAGCGACGUCACUCUCUACAUUAUCCAAGACACGGAGAAAAUUCCAAUUGAAAUGAUUCUUUACGCACAAAACUGCAUGAAAAAAUACCCCCAAAACUUCCCAAGGACCCCUGUGCUGCGGCAGCUCCUCAAGAAGGGACUUGUGACUUUUGAGGAAGAUACACGAGUUGCGGCAGCAAAAGUUUUCGCAGAAAUAUCUGGAGAUUUGCAAAAUUUGGAUUUAUUCUUGGAUUUUCUGCGCUUUGGGAUUGUUCUGCAGCAUAAACCGCAUGAAAAUAAAAUAAAUUGGCUAGGAUUGUUAACAUCUGCUGUAUCCGUAAAGAACCGGGAUGCUCAGGAGCUAAGCAUCAUUGCGGAUUUCGUAGAGCAAUUCCGGGAGAUUCUAUUUCAGCAUUUUUAUGCCGGUGGAAGUUUUCCACGACAGAGAUAUGCUCUGAAAAUUCUAAAGGACACCUGGGGCAUCUUCAGCAAACAUCCCUGGGAAUUGAGACAUCUCGAUGGAGUCUUCAGCUGCUUUGAUUCUCCGUAUGAAUUUGUGAAGAGGCUCACUGUGGACUGUUUGAAAAAGUUUCCUGAACGUUUGCUAAUUAAAUGGAUUGAACUGCGAUUUGGGAAGUCGGGAGAGAUCCAGCAGAAGCUGAAAGAUUUGAUGACAAGUGCUAAACCUUCAGAUUCACUAGAAGCUGCCUAUCUGCUCAUUCUAUUCUCAAGUAUUGCUCCCACAGUCUUCCCAAAUGCACUCAAAGAUGACGGAACAAGCAACAUAGAUAUCUUGACUGCUCUGGAGUGGUGCCAUCAGAUUCUCCAAGAAGGAAUUGUUGAUGCCAAAAAGUCAAUUCUUAAAGCUUCAGCAUCAAACCCACUGUACGGAACAAUAUUGUGUAUACGCUAUCUCUUGGAUGACCUUCCAAGAAGCAACUUUAAAAGCAUCCCACAGUUUUCUAUUAAAGAAACCCCAAGAUGGAAAAGUUUCUACGAGAAAGUCCUACUUCUUUGCAAUGAAGCAUCACAAAUUGUAGCUCCUAUCGUCAAUAAUUCCUCCCCUGAGGGAUUUUUCCCAGAAGACAGUGAACUUUUGGAGUCUACGGAUGAACGUGUAACUCCCCAGAUGGUCCUGCUGUGUGGAUGGCGAACAAUUAAGGAAGUUACCCUUCUCCUUGGGGAGAUUUGCGAAAAAACACCCAUAUCCACGAAUUUAAUUUCAAAUGAAGAGAUCAUUCAAAUUGGAGAGAAUUUCAUUGAAAUUCUCCUUGAAUCGAAGCACAGAGGAGCUUUUGAGGUUUCCGCUGUGGGUUUUUCAAAGCUCUGCAUGCGAUUACGUUUAAGUGAGUGCCCAGAGUUGAAUAAACUGCCCAAGGAAUGGCUUGAGGAGCUCUUAAAUGCCGUUUUGUGUCCAGAAGAGAGGAAAACAUCUGCUAAAUAUGUGAAACUAUGCGUAACACGACGAAGUGCUGGUCUUCCAUUUAUAAUUCAAUCAAUUAUUACCUCAUACGAUCCUCUGCUCUUGGACUAUGCCAUCAAUAGGCUGCAUAAGGAAUCGAAGAAGAAUACAGAAGGCAGAGUACACAGCAUGAAUAUCCUCAGGUAUAUUUUCAGAUGCUCCGCAUUGAAAACAAUAAAUUACGUCAAGGAUGGGAUAAAGGUUGCCAUUGAGAGCUUUGGAUCAGCAGCAUGGACAGAGAGGAAUUCAGCAACUCUCCUAUUUUCCGCACUAAUUGUCCGAAUGUUUGGAGUUUGUCGUGCUAAGGGGGCAACAGAGGAGCUACCCUUUGUAAAUACGUGGAUAUUCAAUGAAUUCUUCGAAGAUGCUCCCAUGCUCUAUGAUUUUAUGUACAAUGAACUGAAGGAAGGCAGUGAGCAAUUGGUGAAAGUUGGAAGUGCUCCUCAAUUGUAUCCGAUUUUUCUUCUCUUGGAACGUCUUCCCACUCUCAAUGGGCACUAUGGCCCAAAAUGGGAUUCAGGUGAAUAUGUGAGAGAAAUUGAGAGAAUAUCAGCAAGAUGCCAUGAUUUAAGGAUAAGAGUCCUCGCGGUGAAAGCUUUGAUUACAAUUAUUCAUCCAACUGAGUACGAGAAGCGCAUAGAGUGGCUCCUUAGAAAGGAAAUUCCUCAAAAUUCAAAUGACUUACAUUCAAGAAUCCUCCAAAUUAGGGAAAUUUUCCGAAAAUUCGCUAAAAAGGACACAUUCAUUGUGCGAAAAUAUCUAAAUUCCUUCGUUGAACUUUACAAGCUCCAUUCGGAUGAUUGCCUCUUAAUUGGGAAGCUCUUCAUGGAAAUUCUUGCAAAGUAUCUCCCGAAAGAUCAUGAAGAACAGAAAAGUAUUCUAAGUACUUCUUCUCACGCUUAUUUGAUGGACUUUUCGGGUCAGAUGCAGAAGCUUUUGGAGGCAGAAAGAACUGUUUUGGGAAGAACUGCUGUACAGAGUUCAUACCUUAUUCUUAAGCUGACCUUAGCUAUGGAUGCAGAAUCAAUUGGAAAUGUGCUCAUGGAGUCGUUACGGCAGAUGCAGAACACUCUGCUGGAUCCAACACACAUAACAGCAUUGAAUGUGAUUCUUUUACUAAAUGGAGAUGAAAAGCACGAGAUUCCUGAAGAAAUUUUAAAUGAAAUUCCAGAUAAUGAAAUUGAAUUUGUCUCAUCUCUCAAUGAAGAGCAAAGAGAGGAUUUAAAAAGAAUAUUUUACACAAGUGAAGAGAAUUUAUUUGAAAGUCUAACACGGUGUGACAAUUCACUAAUUUCAUGUAGAGCCUAUCUCUGUAUGCCACUCGCUGAGAUUAAUCUCCGGAAUUGCACAAUUGAAGAGAUCAACGAGACUCUAACCAACGAUCAAGUUUCUACCGAAGAGAAAAUUUGCGCAAUUAGGAAAGUCCUUGUUUGUUCAUCAAAGAUUGAAGACAUCUUUGCUCUUGAUGUGGAAAGUCUCGUUGGAUUUUGCAGCAACGAAAUGAAUGACUUCACAAGGCUCAAUAUUGCUCUUUUAGUGGAGAAAAUCCUCAGGAUUUGCAGCAAUAAUACAAGAUAUGAGCGAGAUUUUCAUCUACAGCUUCUACGAGUGAUCAUGCAGCUCCUUAGAGAUGAUGAACCCGAUGUCAGGAGGAUUGUUUGUAGAGCCAUUUGGUGUUUUAGCAAGACAUUGAGGUCAACAUGCUCCAAUGAAUUUUUAUCUUCUACAGACGAAGUGAAUAUUCCAUGUGAUUCUUAUGCCUUAUUUCUCUACAUAGAGACGUUGAUAGAAUUUAUUAUUCCUACGAAUGAAUCAAGAAUCUUCCUAUUAGAUCUCAUUGCAAUGGAAGAAGAUGAUGCUUUGAGGGAAACUGAAGAAAUUUCUAAUGACGAAUGGAAGGUUUUUGAUACAAAAGAAGCAAAUUUAUUCGCGGACAGGAAGUUUACAAUGAAUAUUGUAAAGAGUUUUGUUAAUUUAUAACAUUGAUGAUUUAUUUUAUCAAUAAAAAAUGAAGAGAA